AUGCCUCGAUAUACACACGGGGGCUACACCUACCCCGACCCCGUUCCCCGCAGUGUGUUAGGCCGUCGUAUCCCUUCCCCUAAUCUCCUCACCGCUCCCGCACCCUCCGGUACUUGGGUACAAGAGUGGAAUUCACAUCGCAACCAACUCGUUCCCGUGCUUCUUCCACCACCUUCGCCCCCACCAGUAUACACUCUUGACGACGAAGAAGUGCACCACCCAGUCCCACCCCCCACAAACCACACUAUCUCUCCCCCAGUUUACGACAUUUCCGACAGUUCAGUGUCUUCGCAUCGUGAUUCCUCUCGUGAUAGUGAUUCUACAUACUUUUCUUCGGCCCCAGCAUCUCCCACUCCGUCAGAAGAGGACAUCUCCUUUAUUGGAGCUUUUCAUCGCGCCUCACCCCCAACCGUCGACAUUACCACCCCACCUUUUUCGCCCCUAGGGAACCUGACGUUCACUGACAUUUCUUCGUCCUCCCUGUGCUCGUCUAUUAGUGCAAAUUCGUCUAGUAGUUCAAACUCGUCUAGUGGUGGCACCUCAUCGGACGAAAUCACCUUCCUCGGAUAUUUUCAACGCGACACCACCAGUGGUACUACUUCGCACCUGCUCCCAAGUGAUUCAGCCCCACAAACGGAUGCUGCUACCCCCUCCCUUAGACUCACCUUCCCCAAUGCUCUAAUGCCUCAAUACCGCCCUCACCGUCCGGUAGAGGAAAACUCUCGUCGCCUUUACAAGGCCUUAACCACCCGUGGACGCCCACAAGAUCAGACCACCGUCGACUUCAUCCACGCCAAACACAGUUCUUACAAGAAUCUUAUCAAGCUGAUUCCGUACGACGAGCCCACAGUGGUGCGCCGUGUCCUUGCGUGGUCAUCAUCCAUCUCCUCAACCACUAUGUCUUCCCCCCAACCAAUAAAAGCCGUCCUCUACAAACAGGAACUUUCCCUCCUCCACAGUAAGGAAAGCGAAGCCCUCCACCAAUUACUCAUUUUAAACAAACCUCCCAUUUUCCACACACCUCCCCUUUCGUCCCACCGGACCUUCACCAGCCUCUAUAGAUUCAUAGACGAUAUAAAGUUCAAAAUCCAAGAAUUUGAGGCGCGGACAGUGUUCAACGCCGCCCUCGUCGCCCCCAAUGAAGACUUCUUCGACACGUUCCGCCACCAUCCAUCCUUCUCCUCCCUGUAUAAGGACAUGAGAGAUAUUGAACUUCGCCAAUGUAAACCAACUUACCCUUCGUCCCCUCCACCAAGCCCUGGGGUCGCUCCUUCAUCCCCACAAUACACACCCCCUCUAUCCUGGACUCCGAGCCCGCCACCCAACUCCCCUAGAACGCCAUCUCCCUCUCCGUUUGACCCCCGGCAAUUCCGACGCCGACAACCUCCACCCUCUAACGGUGGCCCAAAUUCUGACACCACCGGAAGCCCCGACCCUGCCAAUCCCACAUUUCCACCUACCUCAUCCACCGGGGAGCCCACACCUCCGUCCAAUCACCCCAACAACACAGUGCCUCCGCCCACCUCUUUUGACCUGCAAUACUCUCGACGCCCAUUUCACGAUGUCACUCCCUUCCGGGAUCCCCCGGCAGACACCCCUCAUACCGCUGACCAAGCUCAAGAUCCAAGAAACAACCAGGCUCAGGAUCCAGGAAACACCCCACCUGCUCUUCCCAACCCCCCUCGGACUUCCGCCAACUUGGGCGAAAGUUAA